AACCUCCAUUUUUUGGCCUCUCAUUCUUUAUCCGUUAUUUCACUUCCAAAUGGGUAGCCUAAAUAUCGAUCCAGAACUUCAAAAUAACUCGGUAUCAUGCAUUAACCCCCUAGAUUCUGAGGAAUUGAGAAGGCAAGGUCACAUGAUCAUAGACUUCAUCGCUGAUUAUUACAAAAAUGUCGAGAAACAGCCCGUUCGAAGCCAAGUUGAACCGGGUUAUCUCAGUAAAUGCUUGCCAAAAUCUGCACCAAAUAAUCCUGAACCCAUCGAAAAAAUCCUCCAGGAUGUCCAGGAACAUAUUGUCCCUGGAAUAACACAUUGGCAAAGUCCUAAUUAUUUUGCAUACUUCCCUUCAAGUGGCAGUGUCGCCGGGAUUAUCGGUGAAAUGAUUAGCACUGGCUUUAAUGUUGUAGGAUUUAAUUGGAUGUCAUCACCCGCCGCAACCGAGCUGGAGAAUAUAGUUAUGGAUUGGCUUGGAGAAAUGCUGAAGCUUCCUAAAUCUUUCCUUUUCUCUGGCAAAGGCGGGGGUGUUAUACAAGGAACUACGUGUGAGGCCAUUUUGUGCACAUUAUCUGCGGCAAGAGACCGUAUUCUCAACAAGAUUGGAAGAGAAAACAUUACGAAGCUUGUUGUUUAUGGCUCCGAUCAAACUCAUAGUGCUCUACAGAAAGCUGCUCAAAUUGCCGGCAUUGAUCCGAAAAAUUUCCGAGCUAUUAAGACAAUGAAAUCAUCUUCAUUUGGUCUAUCCCCCGACUCACUGCAGUUGACAGUUGAAUCAGAUGUAGAGGCCGGGUUGAUCCCUCUUUUUCUAUGUGCUACAGUUGGGACGACUGGAACAACUGCCGUUGAUCCAAUCGGUCCGCUUUGUGACAUAGCCAAAAGAUAUGGAAUAUGGGUUCAUAUUGAUGCUGCAUAUGCCGGAAGUUCCUGUAUCUGCCCGGAGUUUCGCCAUUUCCUCGAUGGUAUAGAAGAUGCGGACUCCUUCAGUCUCAAUGCACAUAAAUGGUUCUUCACUACUCUCGAUUGCUGUUGCCUUUGGGUGAAGAAUCCAGGUGCUCUCAUACAAUCCCUCUCAACAAAUCCUGAGUUUUUGAGAAACAGGGCGAGUGAUUCGAAGACAGUGGUGGAUUAUAAAGAUUGGCAAAUAACACUAAGCCGAAGAUUUCGUAGCAUGAAAUUGUGGCUUGUGCUUAGAAGCUAUGGAGUGACCAAUCUGAGGAAUUUCCUUCGAAGCCAUGUCAAAAUGGCAAAGCUAUUUGAGGAGCUAGUGGGGAGUGACAAGAGGUUUGAAGUUGUUGUUCCAAGAAACUUUGCUAUGGUUUGUUUUCGGGUAGUGCCAUCAGCCUUGGAUAAGGCAAGCGAUGAUAUUGAGGAGGAGCCAGUAAAUAAAUUCAAUAAUGAACUGUUGGAGUCUAUAAAUAAAUCUGGGAAAUUAUACAUGACUCAUGCCAUUGUUGAGGGAAUCUUUGUGAUAAGGUUUGCUAUUGGUGCCACUCUGACGGAGGAACGCCAUGUGGUGGCGGCUUGGAAGGUGGUGCAACAACAUUUGGAAGCAAACCUUAAUAUGAUAUGAGCUCGUGAAAAUGCAAAUUAGAGUAUUUCAAUAUAGCUAUAUCUCUUUCUGUGCUAGAAAUUAAGCAUGCAAAUUAAUAUAAGAUCAUGAAAAUGAAAAUGAAAAUUAAACUAGUUCACUUGACAUAAACCGUCUAGUGCUCAUUGUGGAGUCCUAAUAAUUAGAUAACUAAAUUCUGCGUGAAACUUGUCCUUCAAUGUAUUACUAGUGAUUUUUUUUUUUUUUUUUUGAAUUUUAUAUAUGUUGAACUCUCUCUCUAAAAUGUAAUGUAAAAAAUAUUCAAUAUAAUAAGUACAUGUUUGGUA